GCGCAGCGUCGGUCGAGUUUCACGACUCACGAGGGAUCCGUUUCUGGUUACAAGGGCCUUUUUAUUCUAGUGGGCAUGCGCAGGCUAGAUUCAGGUCUGACUGAAAUGAUCCUUUUCUGGUUUUGUGCCGCGUUUAUUUUGUAGUAGGCAUGCGCAGCCUCGGUCUCCAGUGAUCCGUUUCGGGAUUUGGGGUAAGUGGGCAUGCGUAGCUCCAGUCCCGACUGAUCCGGUUUGGGUUUUGUAGGUUCUUAUGUGAAGUUUGGUUCCUUCGACGCGCGCAAGUGUGAUGUGCGUCUCGUCUCGCCUCCCCUUUGCUUUGUUUGGGCGGUGUACUUCAUAAGAGCAGACAUCGUGAAGUCCACCAUUUUUGUGAGGAUUCUUGUUUCCACGUAUUUAUAAGACCGAGGGUUUGUGUUUUGCACUAAUGUCGGUGGGCCUGGAGUCUGGGUUUUCCAGCGAGGAGGUGCUAAAUAUCCGCUUCCCUCUUCACCGCGCCUGCAGAGAUGGAGAUGUGGGCGCGCUGUGCUCGCUCCUCCAGUGCAGCGCAGAUCAGCUGGCCGUGGAGGACUCUUUCUACGGGUGGACUCCACUACACUGGGCUGCACACUUCGGCAAGCUGGAGUGUGUAAUACGUCUGGUGCAGGUGGGAUGUAGUGUGAACUCUGUGACCUCUCGGUUUGCCCAGACACCUGCUCAUAUUGCUGCCUUCGGGGGUCAUCCUCAGUGCUUGCUCUGGCUGCUGCAGACAGGAGCUGAUAUAAACAGACAGGACUAUGUUGGAGAAACCCCCCUCCACAAAGCGGCCCGUGCUGGCAGCAUCGACUGCAUUAACACGCUCCUGGUCCAGGGAGCCAAGGCAGACAUGAGGAACGCUAGUGGACUGACCGCCGCUGACCUAGCCCAUGCCCAGGGCUUUCAAGAGUGCGCCCAACUGCUUUCCAAUGCCCAGAACAAGCAGCUCAAUCAGCUUAACGGGUUCUCAGCCAAUGGCUCUGUGUGCUUUGGGGUCCGCAAGCUAAUCCAAGAGCGUGGCAUCCUUAAUGGGGUUCCCAGCCGGAAAAGGUCUCUUGAUUGCAUGGAGUCUAAUCUAAUUAAAAAGGCCAGAACAGAUGAUCUCAGUUAUCAGCCGAUGAAUGGAGUAAAUGGAUCCAGCGGAGAGGACCAGAUGGAGAACAUGCACAUGGAGUUUGGCCAAGCGCUGAGUACCCCAGCAGGACUCCCAUUAAACGGACAUUGCCAUCCUGUGCAGCACCUCAAUGGAGGUGACCUGAUGCACGAGAACGUAAAUGGAAAUACAACCGAGGUUGAGAGUGGUGAUCAUAUUGGGAAUGUGGGUGUCUCCUCACAUCCUGGUUGCUUUGGCAAUAGCCUUCAUUUUGGGCAUCAUAAUGGCUUCGGAGAUACGGCUGAGAACAUGGAGGACGCCAGCAGUCAGAUAGAGCACCGCAAGUCAGUCAGUGUAGAGGAGCAGUAUGACCACAUCACCUUCAACACCAUGCACCUCUACCAUGGGUGUUAGGACGUCCCGUCCAGACUCAUAUGCUUUUUAUAUAUCCAUAUAGAAUGUGCUGAAUGGCUUUAGGUCCAUGUCCUUUUAAAUGGACACUGUAUUUGUAUUUGUAUUUGUGUUGUUUAAAAAAGUGCAAUCUUUUCUAAUUUGGGUCAUUUAAUUCAGUUUGGAGAAUCCAGAGGCUGUUCUUUUUUUUUUUCUUUUUUUUUAUGCAUUAUUUGUACGGACAUUUAUUGUAUUAAUUGUGCCUACAUAUAAAAUAUAAUUGUUUAUUGACAUCUCUUUCUUACAUAAUAGUUAGAGCUGUGUGUGAAUAAAAUGGUUGAUGAAUUGACUGAAUCAUUUGUAUGGUGUACUAAAUCACAGCCGCCGUCUUAUUUGUGUUUGUGACUCUGGACCACAAAACCAGUCAUAAGGGUCAAUUUUUUGAAUUUGAGAUUUAUACAUCUGAAUAAAUAAGCAUUCUAUUGAUGUAUGAUUUGUUAGGACCAUGUUUGGCCGAGAUACAGCUAUUUAAAUAUCUGGAAUCUGAGGGUGCAAAAAAAAAUCAAAAUAUUGAGAAAAUCAUAUUUUAAAGUUCUUAGCAAUGUAUACUACUGAUCAAAAAUUACAUUUUGAUAUGUUUACUGUAGGAAAUUUACAAAAUAUCUUCAUGGAAUAUGAUUUUCUUAAAAGAAAAAUCGAUCAUUUUGACACAUUUUGUUGUUGGCUAUUGCUGCAAAUAUACCUAUGUUACUUAUGACUGGUUUUGUGGUCCAGGGUCACAUUUUGCCUUCUUGUAGUGUGUAGAAAGCAGUAUAUAAUAAAGAAAGAGAUGUAAUUGUUUUUUUCUUAACUAUUUGAUAGUAUUUUGUAGUCCAAACACUUCUAAACUACCCUGCUCUCUUUAUAAUUUAUCAAGUGCCAAUAUAUGCGUUCCCUCCUGAUUAUUAUCGAAUAUAUGAGAAAGUAAAUAAACUGAACACAUAACUCUUAUAAAAGAGCUUUUA